CCCAGACCCAGUCGUCGCGAUUUUUUUCAACUCGACUUCCCUCAGUUCACUCGCUGAGCGCCCCCCUCCUCCCUCUCUUCUGCCCCUUCGCAACUGGCUUAUCAGCGGGUCGUAACUUCUCGCACGCAAUACAGACGUCUAUCACCUGGCCUCCCUGGUAUUUUUGACCCUUCAAGUACCUCUUCGGUUCGGGAAAACCACAAUGUCGGCCGUUCUGGUUUGUAUCAGAAACUUGGUCUUCGGCUUAACGCGGGGUGUUGGGAAUUUCUUCAAAGGCAUCGUGGAAUGGCUGAAGAUGGCAUAUUCACCGAAUCCGUACUACCGUGGCAACAUGUUGACCGCCUUGGCCGUCAGCGGCCGACCCCCUUUCGAAGGCAACCUGCGGAUGGUGAUAUCUCAGGUAUUCCAACCUUCCGACUGGACCGUUAUGGAAGUGUCUGUGGUAAAGCCCAACGGACCGCCUGUCAGGGCCGUGCUGAAGAUGUUCGACCGCCGCUUCUCGCCCUGCGUGCAGGGCCUGCGCCUCCGUCGAGGCACCGGCGAGUGGACUCCCGAGUUUGAGGAGGAGUUUGUCGACUACGUCCACCGGGGUGCCGCCAAAGAGUACUUGUGGGGGAGCGAUGACGAGUCUGAGGUCGAGCAUGCCCCGAGAAAGCUGAACAAGCUCGAGGAGGAGGUCGAUAGGCAGGCCGAGUGCGAUGCAAUCUGUAACGAGCGGGUGAGUCGCUUGCAGUCUCGAAUGGGCGCGGAGAAGGGCAUCAGACUACCCAAGACGUAUUGCACAGUGCGUAUGGCGGUCCGAGAAGAUUUCGACAAUCGGUUGCUGGAAGUGACCGGAAUACUCAUGGAGUAUGUGCCGGGGUUCAGCUGCGACCUCACCGAGUAAAAAAGGGCUGGUAGACGAGCUUGCAGCUGUGGUUCUUCGGUAUGCAGCGCAGAACCAAGUCAGUUUCAUGUCUGGGAUGACACUUUCCUACGGCAAGCGUUAGCCGUCGAACGAGAGGAGAGAGGGUGGACGUUUUAAUCUCGCCUGGAUAGGAGCUUGACCAGCAUACGAUACACGAGGGCUUCAGAGUACCAAGCAUGCGAACGACGAUCGAGUACAAUCGAGAACGGUCUAUGCAACUCGGCGCAGCCUCUCCGUGCUGCACUGAACUUACAGGCACCUCGAACGAUCGGAUCGGUUUGAGGGGGAUGACCGGCUCAAGCACCAAUUUCAGGUAACAUCUGCCUUGAUUCUCGUACAUGUCAAGCGUGUGCGGUGGUUCGAGGCCUCAUUCGGGGAGCCAACGUUGAAAUCGAGACUUUAAUUUAAUACACAUGAAUCCGGUUUGAGCCUUCGAUCGCGGUCCUCAAAGACGGCGAUCUUCUCAGUGCCGCUCUCCUCAUCAAUGUUAUGUUUGGACGACGAUACACGGACUCAUGCGUUGUGGGGACUCCAUGAAAGAAGUCAGCGACUGGUAUACAUUACCCAGCAUUGACUCCCACUCUCUUGAAGGCUAUACUUGGUAUCCCGACCAAGGGGCUCGAGGAUUGGCCGACGGUAAACGACGCCGCAAUCGCGGCUUCUGCUGUGAUGGUAGGUUACGGCGAUGCCAUCCACUCUGGACGACGACAAGCAAGCGACACUGUGGGUGCCCGUCUCUUCUCCUCCUUCACGCUAAACGUGCAGUCAAAAAUCGUGCCAACAAUGUGCGUCCGAUUCGACGCUGCGUAGUACGCUGUAACUUUCCCCCGGUCGACGUAUCUCGUUCCAAGCAUCCACGAGCCCUACAGAACCCUCCAUAUCGGCUUCAUUGGCACCUUCCUCGUCCGCAAACACUUCUGAACCGUACGCUCC